CCUGGCAUCGAUGCUGGCCACCAAUUCAACACGGAGAGUGAAAGCAAGAGAGAGAGGGAACGAAAGAGAGUUUAAGCGGACAGGAAAAAAACCCUUUCUCUGCAGUUCGUCACCCCCUUCAGAAAUUAACACCCCUUUCCCUUUUUAAGCAUUUCCAUCUUUCCCCUUUUUCCCCAUUUUUAUUUAUUCUCUUCUGCAGUUUUCCAACGGAUAUAAAGCAUUUUUUUUCAUAGCAUACUUCUUCUUGGUGAUUUCGCUAUUUGUUCCUCUAUCGCUUUCUCUUGUUCUGUAUACCAAGAUUUUUUUUUUACCUAUUUAUUUAAUCUGUAUAGGCCCAUUUCCAUUAUUAAGUUGUGAGGGCAUAAUACUAUCACCCAACAAAAAUCAUAUUUCUUUGUAAUCGAUUGCGUUUUACCCUCCAUACAAACAUUCAAUCAUUUUGGAAAGGGAUGACCUAUCCUCUUGUGUGAAGAGUGACAUAUCUGUCCCCCAUUUUAUACAAAUUCCAAAUCUUGCUCGCUUUUCCUUUCUGUGUAUAUCCAUGCUUUUCUUUUUCUCUCUCUGUAAUUUUGCUGAGCUCUGAAUUUGGACGGUUAUAAGUUUCUCCGGCAGUUCGAUAUGACACCAAGAGAUGGAUGAAUUUCACCCUUUCAUUGAAGCGCUUCUGCCACAUGUCCGCGCCUUCUCGUACACAUGGUUCAACCUCCAGGCUAGGAAACGCAAGUAUUUUAAGAAACACGAGAAGCGGAUGUCAAAGGACGAGGAGAGAGCAGUGAAGGACGAGUUGUUGGGUGAGAAGCCUGAGAUAAAGCAGAAAUGGGCAUCUCGACUCUUGGCCAAGUUGAGGAAAGAUAUCCGGCCAGAGUUCCGAGAGGACUUUGUCCUUACCAUCACUGGGAAGAAGGCUCCGUGUUGUGUCCUCUCCAACCCAGACCAGAAGGGGAAAAUCCGAAGGAUUGACUGCCUUCGCCAAGCAGACAAGGUGUGGAGGUUGGACCUGGUGAUGGUCAUCCUGUUUAAGGGGAUUCCGCUGGAAAGCACAGAUGGGGAACGUCUCUACAAGUCACCCCAGUGCUCCAAUCCAGGGCUGUGCGUCCAACCCCACCACAUUGGGGUGUCGAUCAAAGAGUUGGACCUCUACUUGGCCUUCUUUGUCCACACGCCUGAUUCCGGACAGUCUGACAACUCAAACCAGCAAACUGAAGUGGAUAUAAAACCCCCUCCGAACGGUCAUCUCUCCUUCCAGGAUUGCUUUGUCACCUCAGGAGUAUGGAAUGUCACUGAGCUUGUACGCGUGUCCCAGACUCCUGUUGCCACGGCAUCUGGUCCCAACUUCUCAUUGGCUGACCUGGAAAGUCCAAGCUAUUACAAUAUAAACCAGGUGACACUUGGCAGGCGAUCUUUAACAUCUCCUCCUUCCAGCAGUUCUACAAAACGCCCCAAGUCUUUGGAUGACAGUGAGAUGGAAAGUCCGGUGGAUGAUGUGUUUUAUCCGGGUACAGGCCGGUCACCCGCAGCUGGAGGAAGUCAGGCCAGUGUGUGGCCUAAUGAUGUGGACACAGGCACAGCAGGAAACAAUACAAGAAUGAACAGUGCAGCCGGCACACUGGGAACCCAGGAGAGGUGGAUGUGGCCUGUAUCCCCCUCUCAGAACAGAAGGCCCCCUGCAGAGCAGAAUGGACCUGGGUCUCUUAAGAAGCCAGGCAAGCUAGAUUUUUGCAGUGCCCUGUCCUCCCAGACGAGUUCCUCGCGCAUGGCAUUCACACAUCACCCCCUACCUGUGCUGGCCGGAGUGAGACCAGGGAGCCCACGGGCAUCUGCGUCUGCUUUACACUUUCCCUCAACGUCCAUCAUCCAGCAGUCCAGCCCUUACUUCACCCACCCAACAAUACGUUACCAUCAUCAUCAUCAUAGCCAGGACUCCCUCAAAGAAUUUGUUCAGUUUGUCUGCUCUGACACCACUGGGCAGGGGGCAGGACAGCCCAGCAGCGGGGCCCAAGGGAAAAUGUCGGGUUCCUUUUUGCUGCCACCCCCAGCACCCGUGGCCAGGCCUGUCCCCCUUCCCCUGCCAGACACAAAACCUGUCACCAGCAACAGCUCUGUCCCUGAAGGAGGACUGUCCGCACCAGCAUCGCCCUCAUUCUCAGCGCCUCCCGCCGGGUCCAACAGGUUUGUCACAAUUGGAUCACGAGACAGCAACUUUCUGAACCUCCCCCAGCAGUCUCAAUCCUGGUUCCUUUGAUAUUAUCGCCGAAAUGCAAAUCUGCGAGCAGAAGGAACAAAGAUUUGUGACACAGACCCCCUUCAACCGUUCCACACACCAACCCGAUACAGGAGACUAAAGGUGUAUACCGCCAGAACAAGCUUGGAAUACCAGAAUGCUCCUUGUAAUGUGUACAACAGAAAGAAAGCCUUUCUGGGGAGAACGUUUUAACAUCUGAGUAACCUAACACCCCUCUGAUAGAGAAGGAAUAAUGCCACUCCCUUACCAUCCCAACAUCUAUCAUCCCUGUCACCUUGUCUUUUUCAAUGCUAGUGUGCUUGCCAACUCCCCUCCAAUCCUCCAGAAAUUCAUCAGUAAAACAAAAGACACACACAGGAGGAGGCUAUGCAUCACAAUGUCCGUCCCUUGUGCUGGAAGAUGACAUAAUGACAGACAGGGAGAUAAAGAAUAUAAAAACGGCCCCUCCAACUUACAAAGUGACAUUAUGAUACAAGAGGGAUCUUUUUGUUUGGACAUGGAAGUUUUUCUUAUCGCCACAGGGUGAUACAGUGACGGACAAGAGGAACCCCAGCAAUUGUCACCAAUUGGUCAACCGUGGUCCCGUUUUGAUUGGGUGGGAUGUACAAGAGGUUUUAUUCAAAGCAGGAGAUUCCCAUAAAACUAUCCAUCUCUUACUUUCAGUCAUUUAUGUUUUAUUCAGCAAAAAAAAAAGAUGAAUUCUUAAAUCAAUUAGUGUUUUGUGGCCUUUUUUGUGUUAAAAAAAAAAGUUUAAAAAAAAAAAACACUUUUUAAUGGGCCUAUAGGCAAGGGACAAUUACAACUUCAAAAACUUAAGUGCAAUGAUUUAAAACUAGCUUAGAACAUUUUUAAGGUUAAUAUUUAAAUGCACGGAAUACAUUUCUAUUUUGUUUUAAGAAAAUACAAAAAAAAAAUGUUUUCCAUUACUUUCUUUUUCCAAAAAGUCCUUUUUCUUUCCCAAUGGACUCUAAAAAAAAUAAAUGGGAAAUCUGUCUGUCUUCAGACGUUAACCUUUUUGGGAAUUUUAUUUUUCUUGCACUAAAGAUUUGAAAUAUUUGUUUUUAGAUGGGUUUUUUUUUUUGUGUUUAGCAUCUGUUUUCCCAUUGCACUAUUUUACAAAUGCUCUGUAAAAAGGAAAAAAAAAAAAAAAAGGAAAAAAAACUUUCAAAACUUUUUUUUUACAAAAAUAAACAGCAGAUUUAAAUUUAAUUUGAAACACUACUUUCUUGACAGCAAAAAAAAAAAAUUAAAAAUAUUCUGUUUGUUUCAUUUAACUGAACACUGCAGAAUUAAAAAAAAAAAAUUGUAUUAGUGGAAUUAUAUAAAACAUUCCUAAAUGUAGAAAUAAAUACAUGCAAUGUAUUAAUCUUCUGCUGUUAUUUUAGGGGAUACAAUUUGACAUUUUCAUUAUAUUGAGGGUUUAAGCUUUUGUGCGUGCAACAUUAGCACUGGUGCGAAGAAGUGUUGGCACUAUACCCUUUAAAUAAAUGAUCCUCUAUUUAUCUUAUACAGCCAUAGAAAAUAAGAGUUAUGUAUGUUACUUACGCUUCAGCAUUACAAAAAAUGUUCCAUUUACAAUUAUUGCACUUGUCGAUAAAAUAAAUCUAGUUGAACAUAUAUUGUGAUAUGAAUUCUGCAUCAAUGUACAGCACCUGAACUCAUUUCAUAUUAGGUCCUUAUUCUACAUGCAGUUCUCAAGUUUGACAAGUUUUACUGCCAGAAAGUGAAAUCAAUUUCUGGAAUUGCCUUCAUAGACAAGAAAAAAUAAGAGCAGUUCAGGGCAAUUGUAAAAUAACUUUUUGUUAAUCACAAAGAGACAAGUCUCUGUACAUGUACCCCAUGGUGACUUUGUAAUAGAAUAGAUACUGUACCUCUAUAAUUAAAAAUCCUCACUAUAAUUACUCUCUUAUACACUAUGAAAUUAUCUUGUUUGUUUUACAUUUUACACCAACUAGCUGUAAAUCUGAUCUGAUUCUUCAUUUCAUUGUGUUAUUUUUGUUGUUGUAUGGUUUUUUUUUUAUUUCCAGAAUAUGCUGGAAUUUAUCAGGGGGGGGGGGUGGACAUAUUUUUGCACCUUUGUGAAUAACCCUCUUAUAUGAUUUUUUUGGGGAAUUGCUGGAAGAAUCAUAUUAUUUGCUGCUGAUUAACAAAUGUCUUUAAUGAGUGGAUGUAAGAUUUUGGGAUCUAAAAGCAAAAACAACUGUCAUCCCUUCGGUGCUUUGCUUUUAUUUUGAUUAUAUUGUAUUGAAACCAACUUUAAAGCAUUAAUGCACUUUUUCCUUUCCAUUCAGUUCUCCCAAGUUUUAUAGAUUUUAGGGUGUGUAUAGUGUGGGGUCUUUGGAGAAGCAGAAAGAUGUUAAAUGACCCUUUGUAGAGGGAGACAACGCUGGAUUUUUGUUCGUCCAUGAAAAUUCUUUCUGCUAUAGGAAUUAAUUUCUGUUUCUGGAAGUAACUAAUGCUUUUAAUGUGUUUGGUGCUGGACACAAUUAGGAUGACUUUAUGGAGAGUGAUUUGUCCCUGAAACGUAGCCCUAAAUUCUCCCAGCAAGAAGGUAUCGCGUUUCAUUUUUAUACCAGCCUGCAUAGUGCCUUUCUAUAACACUGUAGUGGUUAGGACACGAGGAGCUGGGAAGUACAAAGGGUGGAUGGGUCCUGCCCCCCAAAAAGACUAAUAAGCCAUACUAAUUUCAAUUUAAUUUUCAUAUUGGGAAAAAAGACAUUAUAAAAAAUACAUUCAAUGUUAUGUAAAUUUUGACCCAUUCUAUAGAAGUCAUUAGAAUUUUACUAAAAGGGAAUAUUUAUUUUAAUGUUUGACCUUCUUUGUGGUCAAAUAAAAACAUGAUUUGAAUGAUAACAUUUAGCAGAGCAAUAUGUUAGACAGGGUAUACAAAAUAUAUUUUUGUUUGACAAGUGGAAGGGUAGAUCCCUCUACAAAGGGCAACAAAUGUUCUCUGUUACUCCCCUGAAGGUAGAAAUUUCUUGUAGCUUUUGAGAAAGGCAGCGUGUGUGCCUAUAUAUAUAUAUAUAUAUAUAUAUAUAUAUAUAUAUAUAUAUAUAGUAUCAUUACAUUGCAUAUUCAGAAUGGAAAUCCCUCCUCUCUCCUUCAUUUGGUAUUUGACCCUCCAUAAGUCCUAUUCCUCUCUCCCCUACUUUUUACACAUAUUACCACUGUGUAUGUUCCACUGCUCUCUACAGAAUGUGUAAAUGGAAUGCUUGUGUCAGUAUAGCAACCCUUCAAUUCCUCCUUCAGCGUUCCCCCAUUGCCUCGUUCCCAAAUUACCAUAAUCCGCUCUCUGUUUAUACUCUACUCUCAUGCUUUCUACUCAUAUUACAUAUAUAUCUUUCUUCCCUUUCCACCUGCCUCAUUCUUUUUUCCAUAUACAUUCUUUUUUCUCACUUUAUUCCCUCUAAUCCUGUCUCAAGUUCUGUCAACAUCUACAAUCCCUGUGACCCUUGCCUUCUCAUGUUCAGAUAUCCCUAUCCCUCUUUUUCCAAUCCCUACCAUGUGCUCUCCUUUCCUAUUUGUCCCACCUCUCUGUGUAUUUUUCCCUGCUUGAAAUAUUAUCAGUUUAUUUUUUUUAUACGUUUUUUAAUCGCCCUCGUACCUGAAUCGCGUCAAACUUUUCCUGCCCCAUUUCCUACUUUUCCCUGUGCUUCCCCAUUGGAUGGCUAUUAUUAUGUGUAUGUGAAAUAAAAAUCAUUUCCUGGAAAUAA